UCAUCAGGCUUAUCCGUCGUACAAACCUUACUAGCAGAUGGUACAUUCAUACCGCGUGCAAUAACUCGAAACUGCAGUUCGGAGAAGGCGUUGAAGCUGAAGAAUCUCGGUGCCGAGGUCGCUCAAGCCGAUUUAUGGGACAUUGGCUCGUUGAAGCAAGCCCUGUCCGGUGUUGAGACCGUCUAUGGAGUUUCCUCCAUUUCCUCCAAAGGCAUGACUGAUUACUACCUGUCACAACAGCGAAAUGCUACCUGGCAAGACGUUGACGCUGAUAAAGCAACGGAUGUUAAGUACUUCAUUUGGAGUUCUCUUCCGCACUGUACAAGGGUAUCCAAUGGGAAGUAUGCAAAUGUUUACCACUUCGAUAACAAAGCCAACGUAGAUGACUAUCUCCGAGAAUCUGGCAUACCCCAUUCUAUCUUAUAUACCGGUAAGCAAUUUUUCAUUCUUAGCGUCUUUCGAGUAGUACAAUACUCUUGCGCCUGUGAUCGCCUUGAGCUAACCGUGGCCAGACACGACGCUCAAACCCCUGAGUAUUUUACGUGGUUCGAGCGGGGCCUUAACCAGUGCGCAUUAGCGCUUCUCAAGCACUACAAAGAUCCUGAAUCAGAGGUUAUCUCCCGCACGUUCUAUGCCUUCAGGUAUGUGAUCAAAACCCAGGAAUUUGUUGAUUCAAUCUUCCUGCUACCGUCAGCGCUGGGGAAGCCAGUAUCAUUUGUGUCCUCCGCGACCACUGGAAUACAGUUUGGACUAUACCCGGGUACCGUUAUCCCUGGCCCACGAUUAAUCAAUUUAGGAGUGAAGUUCCAUACUACGGAGGAAUUUUCUCAGGAAAUUAAAGGCAGAUAUGCUUGA